AUGAGUACUGAAGAUUUAGAAUUUGUCCAAAGCCCAACACAUUAUCAAGAUGAUGCCCCCAAAACUAAUACGACGACAACAACAGAAACAAGACCAUCGUUACCAACUGGAAGAAUUUUCACGACAUUUUUGACAUUAAAAGUAAUUCCGUUUGGAUUUUACAUGUUUAGCGGAAUUUUCUUCAGUAAUUCCGUAUUUCAAUGGGUCCUUUGUAUUUUAUCAUCAUCAAUUGAUUUCUGGUUCACUAAAAAUGUUGCCGGAAGAUUAAUUCUCGGUAUGCGCUGGACAAACAUCGUUAAUAAACGUGGAGAGAGUACAUGGAAGUUUGAAUACGCUCGCCAGGAUUCACAAGACAAAGCAGCUCAGAAAAAGUAUUUCUGGCUAUUUCUCUUUGUUUCUGCUGGUGUCUGGGGAUUAUUUACGUUCUUUAACGUCAUCAGACUAAAUCUUGGCUGGGUUUUGGUUACAGGAGUGAGCUGUGCAUUGGCUUCUACAAAUGCAUGGGGAUUCCUCAAAUGUGAUCAUAGUGUUAAGGAUGACGUUCAGAGAGGUGCAAGUUCCUUCUUUAGACAAACUGUUUUCCCUCUAAUUCUUCAAAAUGGAACAAAUUUAUUCGCCGGAAAUACAAAUACUCAACCCGCUACACAAGUAUAA